AUCUGACAGCGGGAGGAGGUCAUGUCUAGUAGGGCGUGUGUGUGUGUGUGUGUGUGUGAGAGUGUGUGUGUGCCUUGGAGAGAUCCCGGCACAGUGUUUUUUCUUCUUAACUGGGACGGCCACGGAGCGUCAUCGUCUGCCGUGAAAUGUGACUGCGUGACCCGCGGCUUCAUGACGGCGCGCUCGGUCGUCUUGGUCCAGCGCAUUCGUUGCCGAGCGUCAGGCACCCAACGGCGGCCCAGGCCUCACCUGUGCAGAGACAGACACAAAACUCAGGGGUGGCUUUGUGUGUUUGUGCUGAGCAUCUUGAACAAGACGUCAUGUGCGCUGGAAGUGAGGCAAUCUGAAAAGGUGCAGCUGUGCUUAAGACAUCUGACUUCCUCCAUUAAGAAUUCCGACGCGAUGUUGUACGCUCCGUCCAUGAACGACAUUCAAGACAAGUGUCUUCUUUUCUCGCUGGAAUGUUACGUGAAGGAGUUGCUGAUGGUCAUCAAGGAGGAGGAGGUGGAGGCGGACAACAUUUACGCCAACUGCAUCUUUGAGUUCAGUGAAACGCUAGAAUCUGAAUCUGUCAGCUGUCCGCCAUGUGAGGCGCACUCCCUGGGCGACAUUAGCACAUUUCUCAGCAGACUAAAGACCCUCCUGCAAGCCAUCGCUUCCCAGAAGCAAUGAAGUGAUCAAUGAGGUCCGAUAACUAGGAUUGUUUUUUUUUUCAUGUACAGCACACAGUCAGGUGCAUUUGAAAUACGACCAAAUCAAGAUGUGAGACUUUUAGCUUUUAGGCUUUUUCAAUUUUUUUACAACUUUUUUUGACAUAAUAUACUGCUGGGAAAUAUUACAAUUGCGUUUGUAUUGGACUUUUUUCUGUUGGAUUACGAUUUUCUUCUCUUUUUCGUAAUAUUCCAACUUUAUCCGAGCAACAUUCCGAUAAUUUUUUAAAAUAUUUUUUUUAUAACAUUCUCGUAAAAUCACUUUUUAUAUACAUUUUUUUUUUUUUGUAAAAUUAGAACUUGUCUCGUAUAUUACGAUAGAUUUCUGGUAAAAUGUAAAAAAAAUUCUCGUAAUAUUUUAUUAGGGGGAAUUAGACUUUAUUCUCCUGAAACGAUGACAUUUUGUACGAAAUCCCGAUUUUAUUCUCGUAAAACUAUUACUCUUUUGACAUGAUUUCCAACUUAAUCCUCAUCAAAUUGUCAAUUUUCUUCUUUGAAAUUACAGUUUUAUUCUUUUAAAAUUGCC